GGCUAGUAGACGCUAUUGGAAAAAUAAGAAAAAACGCAGUCACAAUGCGUCUUGUAUCCUAUUUCGUGGCUGUCACAACGGUUGUUGCUGUGGCCGCGGCGGUAGUUGUUACCCCUUGGCACAUGGCGGGUCGCAGUCUCUCUUCGCCAUCUUCCCUCAAGUUCUCAGGAAAUGCCAUAACUCGGAGACCCACAAACUCCACGGGGCUCCCGCGACUUGAGCCCCUCCGAUAUGUAAACACGACCCGCCUCCAGGUCGCUUACUACGAAGACGGGCCGGCAGACGGCCGAGUCGUGCUGCUCCUCCACGGCUGGCCAUACGACAUCCACAGCUACACCGUCGUAGCCCCGGCCCUCGUCAAGAAAGGGUAUCGCGUCAUCGUCCCUUACCUCCGCGGCAACGGCCCCACCACUUUCCUCCACGCCGACACUUUCCGAUCAGGCGAGCAGGCCGCCCUGGGAUACGACAUCAUUGAGCUCCUCGAUGCCCUCAAUAUCCCCAAAGCCAUCUUCGCCGGCUACGACUGGGGUGGUCGCGGGGCCUGCGUUGCGGCCGCGCUGUGGCCGGAGCGCUGCGAGGCCCUCGUCUCCGUCAACAGCUACCUGAUCCAGGACCUCUCCAAGGCGUGGGUACCGCUCGAUUCCAAGAUCGAGGCCGGCUUCUGGUACUUCUACUACUUCCUCACGCCGCGUGGGGGGGCCGCGCUGGCCGAGCACCCCAAGGACAUCGCGCGCGUCGUCUGGAACAAGAACUCACCGCAGUGGAACUACACCGAGGCCGACCUCGACCGCGCCGCCGAGACCUUCGUCAACCCGGACUACGUGAGCGUUGUGACCCACGUGUACAGGCACCGUCUGCUGUACGCCCCCGGCGACCCGGACUACGCAGACUUUGAGCGGGCGCUGCUGAAGCAGCCGCCGAUUCCCGUGCCCGCCGUGACACUGGACGGCUUGGCGGAUGGGAAUUUCCCGCCCACAGAUGGCUCGCCAUCGGCGGCGAAUUUUGCCGGGCCGAGGGUGCAUCACCAGGUCGCCGGCGCGGGGCAUAAUCUCCCUCAGGAGAAGCCGCAGGAAUUCAUUGACGCUGUGCUUGAGGUGGCUGAUCUGAAAUGAGGGACAGGCGCUGCUGUGGGGGUUGGUAAUUGGAGAUUCUAGUCAGGUGGUGGCUAACAAUCCGCGUCGCAAUCUGCAUCCAUGCAAGUCGAUGAGACGGGUACCGCUUGGAUAUUUAAAAGACCUCAAAUGAUUACUACCAACAUUGCACAAAUUGUGGUAUCAUAUUGUCUGCACCUCGCAUCUCAUUUCGCUGCCUCAGGGUUAUCACGACUUUGGAGGAUUUCGUCUCUUUCACAGGCAAUAAUCCUAGCAGGUAAAGGAAC